AAAGAAGAACACCAAGAAAGAGCAAGGAAAUUCAAAGAAAAUAAAAACGACCAAACGAAAUCAUGUCUACCAUCACCACCAUUCCUCAACGCCAAACACCCUCAGCGUCCGACCUCAAGGACUUCUACGUCGGCAAAACCCUCCACGAUGUGCCCAAACCAGCCGUAACCCUCGACAUCUCCAAGGCCCGCCGACACUGCGACUCGAUGCUCAGCGCCACGAAGGCCAUGGGCGUAGGGUUCCGCGCACACGUCAAGACGCACAAGACAACCCAACUCACGCAACUCCAACUCGGCACCUCCCCCACCACCCCAGCCAACCUUGUCGUCUCCACCCUCUCCGAAAUCCAGCACCUCCUCCCCCUGCUCCAAACCUACCUCACCACCUCCCGCCCCUUCAACAUCCUCUACGGCAUCCCGAUCCCCUCCUCUCAAGUCCCCCGCCUCGCCUCCCUCGCCACCCUCCUCGGCCCAGGCUCCAUCUCCAUCAUGCUCGACCACCCCGCCCAACUCCCCUCCAUCACCCACUUCCACUCCCUCACCAACCACGCCGUGGGCGUGUACCUCAAGGUCGACACGGGGUACCAUCGCGCGGGCCUCCCGCCAAAAGACUUGGACAAGGGGGGCUUGCUGAGCGGGAUUGUUGCGCUGGCGAGGGAGGGGAAGGCGGUGUUUCUGGGGUUGUAUUCGCAUAGUAGUUUGAGCUAUGCGGGGUCGAGUGUGAAGGAGGCGAUGGAUAGCCUUGCGGGGGAGAUCGACGGGUGCGUGGAUGCGUUGAGGGGGAAUGCGGGGGCGUUGGAGGGCGUGCGGGAGCUGACGGUGAGUGUGGGCGCGUCGCCGCAGGUUACGGCGAUUGAGAAUUUUGAGGACGGGAGGGUGGGGGUGACGGAGGAGACGAGGGGUUUGAGGGAGGCGUUGCGGAGGUUGGGGGAGGGGGUUCCUGGGUUGGAGGUGAGGACGAGGUUGGAGUUGCAUGCGGGGGUGUAUUCGGUGUUGGAUAUGCAGCAGUGGGCGACGAGGUCGAGGGCGCAUCUUGGGGAUCAUGAGGACGAGUUGGCGGUUUCAGUCGUGGCGGAGGUUAUCAGUGUGUAUAAUGAUGGUGAGAGGGAGAAGCCUGAGGCGCUCGUGGCUGUGGGAACGCUGGGGCUGGGCAGAGAGCCUUGCCAGGGCUAUCCGGGAUGGGGUGUGGUUAGUCGUGGAUCGUAUGCUGCCAAAGGACCAUCAGAGAGACGCUUGAUUGUUGAGAGGAUCAGCCAGGAACACGCGGUGCUUUCGUGGCAUGGUGGCAAUGGCGAUGGUACUCCCGCAGACGACAAAAUUCCUCUCGAGGUGGGUGAUACGGUGCGGAUAUAUCCUAACCACGCGUGCGUGACGGGUGCCAUGUAUGGGUGGUACUUGGUCACAGACUCGAGCGACAACGAGAAUCCCUCGCAGAUCAAAGACGUGUGGAUCAGGGCAUCUGGAUGGUAGAUCAUCUGUAGAAUGAAAGAAUAAUAGAUC